GGUACGAAGUUCAUCGUUUUGCACGUAGCUUUUGGAUAUGCGGGGGCUAUAAAUAGACGCUGUGCUGCGAACACAAUCAGCCAUUAUCAUCAGCCUGCGCAUCACGGAGCCGCUCACCGGGACUGCACGGCUUGCGGAGAGAAACAGACUGCGUUGGUCUGCGGGUAAAAUGUUCAGGAAAUCGCUUCUACAUUUUGGACUGCGGAGGAACCGUGAGCGGUGUCACGGGCUUCAGAGAGUCACCGUUAAUUAUGGAGACAUUCACCGCCUGGACGCAUCUUCCGCCGCCGUGAUGGGUGCCAACGUCAAACCGAAAACUAUGGACGAUCUAGGCGGACCAAGUUUUAUGGCCACCUUAAACUGGCUGUUUGUAAAGGGGUAUUUCCAAACGACGCAACAAAUGCAGAUUGAGCACAAAAAGAUCUACGGUCCUUUGUGGAAGUCGAAGUAUGGCCCUAUUAUCCUUGUGAACGUUGCCAGUGCCAACUUCAUAGAGCAGGUGUUGAGGCAGGAGGGCAGACAUCCAGUGCGCUCGGACAUGCCCCACUGGAGGACCUACAGAGAGCUCAGGAACCAGGCCUAUGGACCCCUGACAGAAAUGGGUGCAAAGUGGCUGCGCAUCCGCAGCAUCCUGAAUCCUCGCAUGUUGAAGCCCAAACACGUCUCGUCCUAUGCCAACACAUCAACCAAGUG